AUGUUUUUUCGCUCGUUCCUCCGUCAUGUUCCUGUAGUAUAUGUUGAUUAUCCUGGUCCGAUGUCCCUGGGUCAGAUAUACGGUACAUUCAAUAGAGCAAUGCUGCGUGUGGUACCUAACCUGAGAGCUUAUGCUGACCCUCUCACUAAUGCAAUGGUGGAGUUCUAUACAAUGUCACAGUCAAGGUUCACAGUGGAUAUGCAGCCUCACUACAUAUACAGUCCUCGUGAGAUGACUAGGUGGGUUCGUGGUAUCUACGAAGCUUUAAAACCUCUCGAGAGUCUCUCAGUUGAAGGACUCGUCCGAGUCUGGGCCCAUGAAGCUCUGAGAUUAUUCCAAGAUCGGUUGGUGCUUGACGAGGAGAGGGCAUGGACUGAAGAGAAUAUUGAUACAGUAGCACUGAAACACUUCCCUAAUAUUGAUAAACAAGAAGCACUAAAAAGACCAAUAUUCCGAUGA